CCCGGAUCGAUUAAUCAGGACUUCCUGCUCCCGGCGGAGAGCUAACAAUAGCGCUGCUUUGCUAAUACACACACACACAGAGUGGAGUCAUGGAGAAGGACGGAGCUGAGCAGAAGGACGGAGCUGAGCAGAAGGACGGAGCUGAGCAGAAGGGCGUGGUCAUUGAGAAGGGCGGAGUCAUUGAGAAGGGCGGAGUCAUGGAGAAAGGUGGUGUUAAGCAGAAGGAUGUGGUCAUGGAGGAGGGCGUGGUCAUGGAGAAGGGUGAAGCUGAGCAGACGGGUGAAGUUGCAGAGAAGGAAGGAGAGCUGGCAGUGAAGAGCACACCUGAGUUUUCAGUUUCAGAGAAGGAAACAGUUAGUGAGACAGAGACAGUCACGCAUCUGUGUGAGCUGUGUGGAAUGUGUUUCGAGACAAGGCGUGGGUUAUCGAGCCACGCCCGCUCUCACCUGCGCCAGCUGGGUGUGUGUGUGUCGGAAAGCAGCGGCGCCCCCAUCAGCCUGUUGUAUAAACUCAUCACUGAGAGGGACGGGUCUUUACCCUUUACACCCAAACACACACACACACCGCCUGCCACCACAAAACACACACACACACCGCCUGCCACCACAAAACACACACCACACAGCCAGCACAGGAACAAACUCACCGCAAAGCACGGAGCGAGACCAGGUUCAGGAACCAAACUGAAGAUCCGAGUCGGUGAUCUGGUGAAGAGGCCGCGUACUCUUGUGGCGCGCAGAGACUCCUCCUCCUCCUCCUCCUCCUCUUCCUCCUCAUCUUCAUCGUCUUCAUCGUCCUCCUCAUCAUCCUCACCCGCCUCAUCAUCGCCACUCCACCACCAGAAACCACCCAAGACUCCACCCACUCCACACUCGGCUCCGACAGACACUCACCUCGACCUGAUGAAGUUCUCAGGUGUGUCCCAGCGUGAUAGUGUACAUGUGUGUGAGCUGUGCGGGGCAUUGUAUGAGACAAAGAAGAGUCUGGUUCGUCACGCCCGAGCUCAUCUACGCCGCUUUGGGGUGGCGCUGGACCCUAAAGCCCCGCCCCUACAGGUCCUGCAUGAGCUGCUCCAGAAGGAGGCGGGGACACGCAGUCAGGAACCUCCCACUCCUAUGUUAACUCCGCCUGCAUUUAAGAAAAGGAAACUGUCCCCAGGAAAAGAAAAAAAGCACAAACACGGUGAUUUAAUGAAGACUGCUAACUGUGAGUUCUGUGGAGAGAAAUUUAAGUCGACUCAGAGUUUGGCGAGCCACGCCCGCUCUCACCUGCGGCAGCUCGGCGUCACUGAUUGGUCGGCUCAUGGCUCGCCUAUAGUGACGCUCAGGGAGCUGAUGUCUCGCCGGGGCUGCAGUACUAUAGCUCACUCCACACAGACCACAUCCUCGACUCCGCCUCUAGCCAAGCCCCCAUCGGAAACUCCGCCUCCUUCUGCACCAGGCUCCUUUACUUCUAAAUUGCUCAAGCCUCCAUCGGAAGCUCUGCCUCUUCCUGCACUGGGUCCCGCCCCUGUCCGAGUGCCUAAAGCCAGGAAGGGCUCGAGGCUGGCGGUGUCCAAGCCGAAGGAUGAGCCGGUGGAGUUGGACAUCUCUACUGGACAAUCAGCCAAAGCCAAACCUCCAAUGAAUUUAACUGCAUUCCAAUCAGCUGCGGGUCAUGUGACACUUCUGUCCAAUCAGAAUCUGGCUACAGGCCUGCAGAUGGAGUUGGGCGUGGCUGAGCCUGUGAGGUGCGACUACUGCAGAGAUUUGUUUGAUAGCCGUAAAGCCUUGUCGUGCCACGCCCGUGCUCACCUGCGCCAACUUGGAGUGAAGUGGGCACCGUUUGCGUCACCCAUCGACACGCUGUACGAGCUGAUGUUUAGAGAGGGCAAAGGGCAAGGGUUAGAGGGCACGCCCUCACCUUUGGACCUUUGCCGAGAGAAAAUCGAGACGGACAGCACGAGUUCGGCAUGUGAAGCUACUUGUGAGCUGUGUGGAUUUGACUUUGAGAACAGGAAGGCAUUAGCCAGUCAUUGCCGUGCACACCUCCGCCAGCAGGGGGAGCAGUGGAGCUCCAGCCAAUCACCAAUUGUUGCUCUCAGCCAGUGGAUGAGCAGAGAACCUGAAAAGGUCGCCGCCCUUCAUCGGCUCUACAUGCAGGGGACGUUACCGCAUAUCCGCAAGAGACGUGUCUGCUCGCCAGUUCGGCCCGCUGACGUUGACUCCGCCCGCUCGGGUGUAGGCUGCUCCUUUCCUGUAGCUCGGCAGGGUAAAACUGGGGCGAGUCUCUCUUGCUCUUCCGCCUUCCACAGGAAAUUGCCCUCCCACCGCCCCGCCCCCCACUCAGCAAUUGACCGUGGCUCUGACCGUCGGCCUCCUAAACUAUUCCCUCUUAGAACAAAGGGGGUGGAGUCUCUGAAGCGUGUGGGCAAUGCCCCCUCUCUGGUGCCCCGCCCACCUGAAACCAGCCUGGUUAAAGUGGUGGGAAACAUUUAUUCACUAAAAUGCAGGUUCUGUGAGCAGGUGUUCAGUGGACCCCUCUCUGUACAAGAGGACUGGCUCAUCCACCUGCGACGUCACAUCCUUAAUCUCAACCCAGCCCGGGCCCAUAGCCCCGCCCCCAUCUUUCCCCAUUCAGAAUCGGCUCAGCUGAUUGGCCAGGCUGUGUAGGGAUGCGUGGCAGCUCCGCACUCAGUGGUGUUAAUGUACACACUGUUUUAUUAACAUUUUAGAUAAAGAAGAGAAGAGUUUAAGGGGUUAGAGUUGAUGUGAUGGACACUACUGAGAAAGCCUGCAGGGGGCGCCGUCCGAAUGUACACUACCCUUUUUACCUCACCGGGUGGACGAUAAGUUUUAAACAAGUGUUUUAUACAGUGUGAUGUAGAUAAUCUCUUACACCAACGUGUGUGUGUGUGUGUGUGUGUGUGUAUGUGUAUGUGUGUGUGUGUGUGUGUGUGUGUAUGUGUAUGCUCAGAUGUCCAGGACCAAAUUAUAAUUUUUUUUUUUUUUAUGUUUAUUUCACAGAAUGUCAUUUGUACAUCCACACAAUAAAAAAUUUAU